GCCAUUUUGGAUCGUGAGAGCUGUUCUGGUUUUCUCUCGAUUUUUCCUUGGCGAAAAGUUGGUUUUUAAGGAAAAUUGACCGAAUUUUCACAACCUAAGAAACUUCAGACACUUUAAUGAGAAUGGCGUACAGAGACCGCGAGCGUGGUGACAGAAGAGGCGGCGGCGGUGGCUCCCGCGGAGGCGCACGAUUUUCUCGCGAUGGUCGCUUCCCCUCCCGCGACUCGAACCCCUCCUUCUCCAACUUCAAAAACCGUCAACCAGGAGAACGUCUCCGCAAACCGCGCUGGGACAUGAGCACCCUCCAGCCCUUCAGAAAAGAUUUCUACCAACCUCACCCAAAUGUUACAACCAGAAGUCCUCACAUAGUAGAAGCUUACCGCUCUGACAAGGAAAUAACUGUCAAAGGUACCAACCUCCCGAGCCCAAAUAUCUUCUUUGAAGAGGGCGGUUUCCCAGACUAUGUUUUAAAUGAAAUUAGAAGACAGGGGUUCGGGGAACCGACUGCUAUUCAGGCCCAAGGUUGGCCAAUUGCUCUUUCUGGUCGAGAUAUGGUGGGAAUCGCGCAGACGGGGUCAGGAAAGACCCUGGCCUACAUCCUGCCAGCUAUUGUCCACAUAAAUAAUCAGCCUAGAUUAAAUAGAAAUGAUGGGCCUAUAGCUCUGAUCCUGGCCCCAACGAGGGAACUGGCCCAACAGAUUCAGCAGGUUGCUUCAGAUUUUGGGGUGUCUUCACAAGUGAGGAAUACUUGUAUUUUUGGGGGGGCCCCCAAGGGUCCACAAGCUAGGGAUUUGGAGCGUGGGGUGGAGAUCUGCAUUGCUACUCCUGGGAGGCUCAUCGACUUCCUUGAAAGGGGAACCACCAACCUACGGAGGUGUACGUAUCUGGUUCUGGAUGAAGCGGAUAGGAUGCUGGACAUGGGUUUUGAGCCGCAGAUCAGAAAAAUUGUUGAACAAAUUCGACCCGAUCGUCAGACUCUUAUGUGGUCUGCAACCUGGCCCAAAGAAGUUCGAAACCUAGCUGAAGAAUUCCUCACCGACUACAUACAAAUAAAUAUUGGAUCACUGCAAUUGGCUGCAAAUCAUAAUAUUCUCCAAAUCGUAGAUGUCUGCGAGGAGUAUGAAAAAGAAGGAAAACUUAUGAAACUAUUGGAAGAGAUUUCUAAUGAACCAGAGAACAAGACUAUUAUUUUUGUGGAAACCAAAAGGAAGGUUGAUGAUAUUACAAGAGCCAUUAAUAGGUACGGAUGGCAAGCAAUUGGAAUCCAUGGUGAUAAAAGUCAGCAGGAGAGAGACUACGUAUUGAAUCAGUUCCGGAACAGCAGGUCAGCAAUCUUGGUGGCGACAGAUGUAGCAGCGAGGGGCUUAGAUGUCGAAGACGUUAAGUUUGUGAUUAAUUUGGACUACCCGUCGAAUUCCGAGGACUACGUGCACCGUAUAGGGCGCACAGGACGCUCGCAACGAACCGGAACUGCCUACGCAUUUUUCACACCAGGAAAUGCUCACAAGGCCAGUGACCUGAUUCAGGUGCUCGAAGAAGCGAAACAAGUGGUCAACCCUAAGCUCUACGAACUCUCCAGGAACCCAGGAAUCUACAAAAGAGGGCGUUACGGUGGGCGCUCCGGCGGUGGAAGUGGUCGAGGCUCCAGAGGGUCACGCGGAGGGGGGCGGGACGGAGGGGAUAGAGGCAGGUUUGAGAGGGGCAGCGGCGGCGGAGACCGGGGGAACAAAUGGAAUGGAAAUAACAGUAGUAACGUAGGCGGAAGUUAUGGCAGUAAACCGUUCUCGCAGAGCAGCUACGGAACCUCGAGCGGCUACAGCCAAAACGGAAGCUGUUAUGGGAGUGGAACAGCUGGCGGAAGCAAUUAUAGACAACAAAACGGCUAUUAAUUCUUUAAUAACUUAAUCAAGAAUUCUGUAAUAUAGCGAAACGAUGAAAUAGAACACGAAAGGUAUUAGUGACUACAAGGAAAACAGCAGUGAUAGAAUUCUUUUUGCGUGGAAUGCAAAUAGAAUAUUGCUUGAAUUUAUUAUCGUUCAUUCCAGUUUCUUUUGCGUGUUUUCGAUUAGAAUGCGAUAACAUUUCAGUUUCUAGAAUAAUUACAUGAAUAAUUGAUUUCAUCGGCACGAUUUGAAUUAGAAUUGCAAUCAUUGCAGAUUUUAAAAUUAUUCCAAUAUUUUUGUAUCGUAUAAUGUUGUCUAACAAAUAAUUAAGUAUUCCAUUCUUCGUUGCACUGACACUGCAAGUGUAUUAUUAAUUAUUAUUGUGUAAUAUAUGUGUCCUUAGAGUCAAGUAAU